AUGUCGCUAGAUCCACAGGCCCUCCAGAAACUCCUCAUAGAGAUGGACAACCAGCUCAACCAGUCACGUGCCGAGUUGUCCAUGUGCACCGUGCAGUUGGAUCGUGUCGACACCAACUUGCGAAUCGUGGACACCACCUGCUCUCGCUUGGCCAAACUCACGUCGCCCGGGGACUCGGUGUGGAGAGGCGUGGGGCGUGCGUUUGUCGAAAACGACGUGUCGGACUAUGUGGGCCGGAUCCAGAAGGACAAGGCGGAUUUCUUGGAGACGCAGAAGCUGUUGAAUACCAAGAAGCACUACUUGGAGACCACCUUGGAAAACACCGUGAAGCACAUGACGGACAUUGUGGGGAAGAAGUGA